AUGAAGGCCCUGGCGAAGGAGAGGAGCCGCCGUCCAGAGGGUGGCUCGGAAGGGCCCGCCAACGUCGCUGCCCGGGACCAGGCACUCCGAGAAAGCCAAGACGGAGUGGCCGCUGCUAUGGGGCCACUGGUUGGCCUAUUAGAGAUUGGCCUCACGGAGGAGGCCAUUGAUAGAAAGACGGUGGCUGACCACGUGGGGGCAGCUACCGCCCAUCUCGGGCGGCUCUUCGCGUCGCUCUCCCGCGAGCGCCGGGAGGGGGUGAUUGCACGAGUGGCCCCAGACCUCCGCCAGAUGGUGGCCCAUGACGGCGGGGACGAGGGAUCCCCACUGCUGUUUGGAGAGGGCUUCCUGGGGCAGCUGCGAACGCGGAACGAGACCAUCAAGGUCCUCCGGGAAGCCCGCCAACCGCCCCCUCCCGCCGCGGAGCCAGCAGCCAAGAGGUCCCGCAGCUCGGCUGCCCCAGGGACCAGUGCCCAGAGCCGGAGUGUGGGCCGGCAGCCCUUUCACGGGGGGCCCCCUUCCCGAGGCUACACGAGGGGGGCCUACCUCCGCCAGGGACAUCGAGGCAACGGUCGAGGUGGUUCAACAUGGCACCAGAGGUAACGCAUAGCGAGAGCUCCAACCAGGUGCCAUCACCAGAACAGGAAAUAAAAGUGUUCUGAGUGCA